UCCGUGUGCUGUUAGUGUCGUACUCGUAAUAUUAUUAUUGUAGCUGCGGGGCCCGCCGAUCGCAUACUCGCUGUCUCCGCCAACGCCGAACGGCCGUCCCGACUAACAAUUCGUCGAACCGACCGACCGACCGACCAACGAUAUCGUUGUCACAUCGUGUCCCGGAACGAACGAAGAUGAGUACUAACAGCGAUAACGCCGCUAGGCUCAACGUGCCUGAUGAGUUGAGGGAGUUGCUGCUCGAUUUCACGAUUGGGUACUUGCUCGAGCAGCCCAACAAUCUCAUUGACUAUGGCAUAGAGUUCUUUGAAAAACUUAAGAACACAAAGUCGUCCUCCAGUAUAAAGCAGCAGUCUGCUGGAGAUUUUAGCGACGAAGAUGACGCUUCAGACAUAGAAGCUCCACCAACACGUUAUAAUUCUAGACGUAAGUCAGUUUUUGCAGAAACAUAUAAUCCAGAAGAAGAUGAAGAAGAAGAGGGACCAAAUGUUGUAUUUCCUAAAUCUGAUGAUCAACGCCAAGCACUUGCAGCUAGUGUUAAAAAUAUAUUCAUAUUCAGGGCCUUGGAUCCUGAGCAAAUGAAUAAUGUGAUUGAUGCAAUGUUUGAUCGUGAGGUACAUGCUGGAGAAGAUAUUAUUAAACAGGGUGAUGAUGGUGAUAACUUUUAUGUUAUCGAUAGAGGUACAUUUGAAGCUUAUGUCACAGAUGCAGAAGGCAAUAACCGUUUGGUGCAUACAUAUGAACAUAAAGGUAGUUUUGGAGAACUUGCAUUACUCUAUAACAUGCCCCGGGCAGCAACUAUUAAAGCCAAGUCAGAUGGCCUUCUGUGGGCUAUGGAUCGGCAAAUAUUUAGACGUAUUGUUUUGAAAAGUGCAUUUAAAAAACGUAAGAUGUAUGAAGAGCUCAUUGAAGUGGUUCCUAUGCUAAAAACAUUACAAUCAUAUGAGCGCAUGAAUUUGGCUGAUGCUCUAGUCCCUAAAUACUAUCAAGACAAAGAUUGCAUUAUAAAUCAAGGUGAUCCAGGAGAUGGCAUGUAUUUUGUAGAAGAAGGCAUUGUUAAUGUAUUAGUAACUAGUGAAACUGGUGAACAAAUUAAGGUUAAUCAAAUAGAAAAAGGUGGUUAUUUUGGUGAACUAGCUCUUGUCACUCACAAAGGUCGUGCUGCAUCAGUGUUUGCUGAAGGCAAAGUCAAACUAGCAUUUUUGGACGUUGACGCAUUUGAACGUUUGCUGGGUCCGUGCAUGAACAUAAUGCAACGGAACAUCGAGGACUACGAAAAUCAACUGGUGAAAAUCUUUGGAUCCAAGCAAAACAUGACUGAUGUCCGAUGAAUGGUUAAUGUUUGACCUGUCRUUACGAUUGUGUUGUAUAUCCAUUGACCAUUUUGUAGUUGUAUUUUUUCUUAUCCUAACGAUUUUUGGUAAAUCAUUAUUUAUUAUUUUUCUUAAUUUACCAUUAGUUAAUAUUAUAUAUGAUUAUAAUUUAAACUUUAGAUACAGUUUCAUAAUAUAAACAAUUACAAUCAAACAAAUUGACAUCCCUUUUUGUAUACAUAACGUGUAUAUAAUAUAUGAUAAUUAUAUAUAUUGAUAUGAUAAUCUAUUUGAACAACUGCAUCAUAACCUAAGAUAUAAACGACUGUAUUACUUCAAUUUUAUUGUGCGCUUUGAUAUGAAUUAUGAAUGUUAGUUGCGUGAUGGUGUGUAUAUUAUUUAAUACGAAGAUGAUUCACCUAUAAGAGCUGUAUUUUUAGUCGUACAUUUUAGGUUUUAAAAUAAUAUAAUAUACUAUGAUAAAUACUUUUGUUACUUUGCGGUGUUAUUAUUAUCUCGAGAAAUAAUGAACACAAUUUGGUUUUUUGAUUUACUUUGUUCAAAUGUCUAUCCGGGGUAAAGUUUUCUAUUCUUUAUAAUAUAAUAUAAUACAGUACGAGAGUAUUUGAUAAUUAAGAUUUAAGAAGAUUCUAUCUCAUCUUGACCAAUAAAUUUUAUUUUAUUGUUUGGYCGUUCGAUUGAAAGAUCAACACAUACGUUUCCGAAUCGUUUCUCUUUUAUAUUACACAAUUAAAACGUAUGCCGUAUCCGAUUGAUCACGCGCCGAGUAUAGUUAAAAUAACCGAGUUUCAGGGAGAGCACACAGUUCUCUGACAAUCUAUGUUAUAAUGUAAUUCUUCUCUAGUGUAGACAUUAAGUUAUUUAUUUA